AUGGCCGCCAAAUCAAACAAGUUUCGCUUCGGCGAUUCUGAUGAGUCUGCGUCAGACGACGACACAUCCGGUCUGCCAUUUCCCGAACCCCUGUCCCGAGCUUCCUUCCUUUCUCCGGACUUCAAUCCGGCGACGUACCUCUCCUCCCUAACCAACCGACAUCAAACCCUCGAGGACCUGCGUCAGGAGCUGCGCGACCUUGACCAAUUGCUCAGCCGGGAACUAUUAGAUCUGGUCAAUGAGAAUUAUCAGGAUUUUCUGUCACUGGGUAGUGCGCUUGAAGGGGGGGAGGAGAAAGUCGAGCAAGUGCGCGUUGGACUGCUCGCGUUCCAACGUGAUGUCCAGUCAAUCAGGGAUAAAGUAGAAGCGAGGCAAAGGGAGCUCGAGGAUUUGCUGAAUGAGAAGAAGCGACUAAGAGCGAAUGCAAAUAUUGGGCGUGCGCUGCUAGAAUUUUCGGAUCGGGUCGAGGAGCUCGAGAAGAAGUUGAUGAUUGGGGAGCAAACACCACAGGACAAGUCAGCGGAACUGUCUGAUACGGAAUCAGAUAUUCUGGAGAGUGAAAACGAAGCGGAGACGGAGGAUGAGGAUCGAGGCGAGAGUACAGCUCCGCUUGUCUCACUCAGACGGCUUGAGCACCACCUACAGAAAUACGUUUACCUGACGAGGCUGUCGUCCCGAAUUGGAGAGGAACAUCCGUUCCUACUCGAACAGCAACAGCGCAUGUCCAAGAUCCGUUCGGCGCUGCUCUUGGACCUGAAAAAGGCGCUCGAACAGGCGAAGCAGGCAGGGGAGAAGCGCGACACCAAAACGCUGGCCGUUUUGCGUCUGUACAAGCACAUGGGAGAGGAUACGAGUGCCGUGUCCGCUCUGAAAGAUUUGACUAUAUAG